GGCCGCCAAGUAGGCACGUUGGUUAGGCUCGCUUGUCUAGUGUUCAUAUCUAUGGACAACACUGGUCUCAGCCGGAAUCACGCGCUCUUCUCCACUUCUACGUGCUUCAUUCAAAAUGUCCUGAAUUUGCAGCGAACGUGCUGAAUCCUUGUCACACGAAAAUGUGUGCAAGAAGGACACCAGAGUACGAGGAGGAACUUUGUGGCCCAAAAGAGGAGAAUGAGCCACAACAUCAACUACUGGACGCUAUAUUCAAUCUGCAGCCUCGAAUUGUGCUGCACAGAGCAGACGUCAGUCGAGAUCUUCGUCCUGAGUGGCCGAAGCCAGACUCCUCUCACGUUAAAGAGGAAGAGGAGGACAAAGAGGUUUGUCACAUUAAAGAGGAAGAAGACUUGAAGCCCCGCCACAUCAAAGAGGAGGAGGAAGAGUUCCUCCACGUUAAGCAGGAAGAAAUCAUUCAGGUUCCUGUGACUGGUGUGUCUUUGAAGAGUGAAGAUGAAGGUCAAAGUGAGGAGAGCAGAGGGGCGGAGCCUCCAAGCAGCAGCUCAAGUCGACACAUGACAACGGAAGGCGACGGAGAUCGCUGUGGAGGAUCACCAGCAGACGGCCUCUUAGCUCCACUGUCAGAUAGUGACGACAUGACGUCACACUCUCCUCGCACGGAUGAUGAUGAUGAUGAUGAUGAUGAUGAUGAUAAACAGUCUGAAGGUGGUGAGACAUCUCCCACUGACAACAAACGAUGGAAAUGUUCUCAGUGUGGGAAAACCUUUUAUUCUAAGGGUCAGUUGAAAGAACACAUGAGAAGCCACACUGGUGAGAAACCUUUUGCCUGCACAGUUUGUGGCCAAAGAUUCUCUCAGAAGGUCAUCUUAAGUCGUCACACAAGAACACACACUGUGAAGAAAUAUUUGACCUGCUCAGUUUGCGGUCAAAGAUUCACCAAGAAGGGCGACUUGACAAGUCACACGAGAACCCACAAUGGUGAGAAACCUUUUGCCUGCUCAGUUUGCGGUCAAACAUUCUCAGCAGAGGCAAACUUAAAAGUACACACAAGAACCCACACUGGUGAUAAACCUUUUGCCUGCUCAGAUUGUGGUCAAAGGUUCUCUAUUAAGGGAACCUUAAAAAAACACACAAGAACCCACACUGGUGAGAAACCUUUUCCUGCUCAGUUUGUGGCCAAAGAUUCUCUCAGAAGGGAACCUUAAAAAGUCACACAAGAACACACACGGGUGAGAAACCAUUUGCCUGUGCAGAAUGUGGUCAAAGAUUCUCCGAAAAAGGAAGCUUAAAAACACACACAAGAACACACAC